GAUCUUGGAAUCCUCCGCAGGCUGGGUCUCUUCCGGUGUGGACGCUGGCUCGCCCCCGCCGCAUCCGUUUGCCCUGUGGUCUGGUGGGUGCCGGGCCAUCCACGGGAGGACACAGACGCUGCAGACGCGGAGCCACAAUGGAACCGCUGACCUUCAAGGAUGUGGCCAUUGAUUUUUCUGGAGAGGAAUGGGAAUGCCUGAACUCUGAACAGCAGAAUUUGUAUAAGGAUGUGAUGCUAGAAAACUACAGGAACCUGGUCUUCUUGGGUCUUGCUGUGUCUAAGCCAUACCUGGUUACCUGUCUGGAGCAAAGGAAAGAGCCCUGGAAUGUAAAGAGGCAAAAGACAAUGGUCUUGUUCCCAGCUAUGUUUCCUCAUUAUGACCAAGACUUUUCACCAGAGCAGAAUAUAAAAUAUUCAUUCCAGGAACUGAUCAAUGGAAGCCAUAGGAAUUAUGGCCUUGACAAUGUGUACUUUGGAGAAGAACGGGAAAGUAUAGAGGGGUGUGAAGUUCAGAAGACCUAUGAUAAUGGACAUAACCAUAACCAGUUUGUGAUAGCUUGUAAUAGAAGCUUUACCCCCAGUAGAGAGCAAGACCAUGAAAUGGCUCAAGAAAACUGUCACACAAUGUCAGUUACUUGUGAACAGCCAUGUACUUCUGUCAGUAAACAUCAGAAUCAUCUUUUUAAAUGUACCUCUUCUUUCAAAGAUAAUCUGGGAAAUUUACAAAGGGACCUAAUCCAUUCCUCAGUUAAUGACUUCAACAACUUCAAAUGUAGCUUUGGGCUAAGCUUUCAUUCAAACAUUUUUGUAGAUGGGGAACUUAAAAAUGAAGAAAAAAUUUCUAAAUGUGAUCAAUUUGAGAACUCCAUUGUAAAAAAUUCAUUAGUAUAUGAUCAACAAAUAGGUCUUUCAUGUGCCAAAACACAGAAUUUCCAUAAAUAUGGCAGGUUCUUUACACAUCCAGUAUUACCUAAUCAAAAUUCAAAUACAGAUAUUUUAGAAAUCCAGUAUAUAUGUAAAGAAAAUAGGAAGGCCUUUACUGAGGAGUCUACCUUAAGUAAUCAUGAGGGCACUUAUAUUGGAGAGACAGUAUAUCAAUGUAAUGAAAAUGAUAGUGACUUAACCCAUGAGUCAAAUCCUGCUAAUCAUCAGUCUGCUCAUUUUCCAAAGAACUUUUAUAAGUGUUACAAAUGUGACACAGUCUUUCAUCAAUACUCAGAACUUAUCAUCCACCAGUAUAUCCAUAUUCAAGAUCAAAUUUCCAAGGGUAUGGAUUGUAACCCAGCUUUCAAUAAAAGUUCCAGCCUUACUAGAAGUCAUACUGGAGAAAAACCCUACAAAUGUAAGGAAUGCGGCAAAGCCUUUACCUAUUGUUCAAGCCUUAGACAACAUCAUAGAAUUCAUUCUGGAGUCAAGCAUCACAAAUGUAAAGAAUGUGGCAAAGCCUUUUACCAUAAAUCACUCCUUACUCAACACCAGAGCAUUCAUGCUGGGAAGAAGCCUUACUGCUGUAAAUUUUGUGGUAAAGCUUUCAAUCAAAGGUCAACUGUUACUCAGCACCAGAGGAUUCAUACUGGAGAGAGGCCCUACCACUGUAAAGACUGUGGCAAAGCUUUUCAUCAAAGAUCAAGCCUUAGCCUACACCAGAGAGUUCAUACCGGAGAGAAGCCCUACAAAUGCAAAGAAUGUGGCAAAGCCUUCAACCGUAAUUCACUCCUUACUCAACACCAGAGAAUUCAUACUGGUGAAAAGCCCUACCAUUGUAAAGAUUGUGGCAAAGCUUUUAAUAAAAAAUCAAGUCUUACUCAACACCAGAGAAUUCAUACUGGAGAGAAACCCUAUUCUUGCAAAGAUUGUGGCAAAGCUUUUAAUCAAAGAUCAAGCCUCAGCCUACACCAGAGAGGUCACACCGGAGAGAAACCCAAUAAAUGUAAUGAAUGUGGCAAAGCCUUUAAUCGUGUUUUUUUUCUUACUCAACACCAGAAAAUUCAUACUGGAGAGAAGGCUUACCACUGUAAAGAUUGUGGCAAAGCUUUUAAACAGAGAUCAAGCCUUACUCAACACCAGAGAGUUCAUACUGGAGAUAAGCCCUAUCUUUGUAAGCACUGUGGCAAAGCUUUUACUCAAAGGUCUAGCUUUACUCGCCACCAGAGAAUCCAUACUGGAGAGAAGCCCUACAAAUGUCAAGAUUGUGACAAAGCUUUCAGCCGUAACUUACUUCUCAUUCAACACCAGAGAAUUCACACAGGAGAGAAACCUUACCAUUGUCAAGAUUGUGGCAGAGCAUUUAAUCAGAGAUCAAGCCUUACUCAACACCAGAGAGUUCAUACUGGGGACAAACCCUUUUGUUGUAAAGACUGUGGCAAAGCUUUUACUCAGAGAUCAAGCUUUAACCGACACCAGAGAAUCCACACUGGAGAGAAGUUGUACAAAUGUAAAGAAUGUGACAGCACCUUUAACUGCAGUUCCCACCUUGCUGAACACCAGUGCACUUCAUUAGGCAGCUGCUUCCAAGACACAAAGUUUCUCCAAUUUAUGUGAGUUAUUGUUCUGUCAAAGCCAGUUAGCAAACACAGAUGGAUUUAUUUUUAAAACAUGUAAUGCGCUUGAUUAUAUAAAAGAUAUUUCUUUCUGUUGUUGCAAUACCUUACUGGAUUCCCAGAAUCACAUUCUGGUUUAAUUGAGUAAUAUUUUUCUUUCUUGUCAUUUUGUCAACUGGUUUUGUGUUAAUAAUUACAUUCUCAAGUGUAUUUCUCAAACACUGUCCAGAAUGUAUACAUAAAACAUAUGUUACACACAGAAACCCUGUCUCAAAAAAAAAAAAACCAACCA